CGCGCCGCCGCUGGUUGACUACGCUAGCAGACGACAGCACUCUGACGGGCCCUUUCUACCGGUGCGGACUUCAACGGCUUCUCCUCAUAGUGCCCUGCCCAGCAGCUCUUCAAUCGCCGCAAUGGAUAUUUGGAGCUCUUAUGCGAAAGACACAGGCGACGAUUCGCCCAACGCGCAGAAGAAGCCUCUAGUCUCCGAAUCCGUGAAUGCACUGAGCGAAGACCUCGCCCAGUUCGCCACCGGCAGCGCUGUGACAGAUGCGGCGAGGAGCGCCGCUUCUUCAGCCUCCCACGGCGGCGAUGCGAUCCCUUCAGCCAAGGAUAACCACGAUCAGCUGGAUCUCCUUUCAGAUUUCCAGCCGAACGCCGCCGCGGCGAGCUCCGCUCCGGCCGCUGCGGACAGCAGCACCACGCCGUCGGCCUACGACAUCGGCGAUUUAUUACAUGACGCAUCGCCGGCGGCUGGCGGAGCUCCGCUCUUGAAGCCUAGCGCGCCGCCAGCGCCCGAGAAGGUCGCGCCAGCGGCGGCCGAGCCCGAUUUAGAACCCCGUCCAGAGCCGAAAAACCCGCCUCCACCCAAACAGACAGCGCCGGAGGAGUUGUUGCCCGUAGCGGACGUUAAGCCUACGCCCGUCACAUCAGCGUCGACUACUAAGCCUAAAGCAGCCGAAAUGCAGAGAGAAGCGACUUCGACCACGAGUUUUUCGAAGGACAGGCCGUCGUGUUGCAUUUUUUCGCCAGGAUCCGGCUGGAGUCCAGCGUGUCUGCAUCCAUGCGUGGAGGAGCUGGUGUACUGGCGGCAGCCCAAGAAGAGUGGCCUGGUGUUUGGGCUGGUGCUGGCGGUGCUGCUGUCGCUGACAUGCUUCUCGUUGAUCAGCGUGGUGGCCUACUUGGCCCUGGGCAGCCUUAUGGUGGCCAUCGCCUUCCGUGUCUACCGCAACGUGCUCCAGGCGGUCCAGAAAUCCUCCGAGGGACACCCCUUCAAGGAGUACCUGGAGAAGGACCUUUCGCUGCCCAAGGAGCGUGUGCACGAGACGGUUGACGUGGUCAUCAAGCAUGUUGAUGCAACGGUGGCUCGCCUGCGCAGCCUCUUCCUGGUUGAGGACCUCGUGGACUCACUAAAGCUUGCCCUCCUGUUCUGGGUGCUGACCUACGUGGGAUCCUGGUUCAAUGGGAUGACCCUCAUCAUUCUGGCCUACGUCUCUGCAUUCACGCUUCCCAAGGUCUACGAAACCUACAAGACAGAGAUUGACCAGUACCUGGGCCUGGCCAGGACACAUGUGGGCAACGUGAUUGGCACGAUCAAGUCCAAGAUCCCCAUGGGUGGCCAGCAAGCCCAGAGGCCCAAGGAGGAGUGAAAAGGGCUCCAGUGAUUCUCUUGUCCUCAUCAUGACGGAUUCCAAGAUGUUCCAAGAGAAAAACCACCAGAGGACAGGACUCAGUCUUUUUUUUUUUUUUUUUAAUCCCCGACCUCUGAAGUAUGCUUUAUUUUUUUUAUUUUUUUAAGUUGAUGAAUAGUAGCCGUAUCGUGGACCUCAUAAUUGUGCUAGGGGUAGACGAAGAGUCAUGUUCUCUUCACUUGUUUUUGUAACAAAGAAACUCUUGACAAAAUGUUACAUAGUCCAGUGUCAUUUGUCAACUUUUUUUUUGUCAAACUCUUCCUUCUUAUUCUCUCUGGCUUGGCUGUUAUAACUGCUGUAAAAGUGAUUUCUCCCGUUCCUUUGAACUUUUUCUUUUUUCUUUGUUCCUGUGUUGGUUGUUUUUUCACAACUGAUUUUUCUUCUCGAGCUAAGUUCUGUUACUGCACUUCACCAUCCUGAUUUUUUUUUUCAUAGAUGUUCAGUUGUUAUCGUGAUCGACGUGUAAUGGUUCAAUUAUUGAUUUCUUGCCAAGCAUGUACAGAACCAUUGUCGGUUUGUAGCCAACGGGAAUUUUUUUUUUACAGGGGGAAAAAUUCUUUUCAAAAGAAUCGUUUCAGAUCGUGAGAGCAUCUGGGAAUGCAAGUGACUGUUCUGUUCAGAUAUUUACGACAUACUUAAUGCGUUACACAUUAGCUGGUAAGGCUGGAAAAAAAAUGCUUGUGCUCGCUGUUCUCUUUUGCAGAGUGCAUUUCUGUUGUUGCUCCUAAUAUAAAGUACCGCACAGAAUUGUGUACCGUUCGUUUUUCUCGGGAUGCUGUGGAGUCCGUACCUGCGUAGCUGCACUGUGUACAGCGACCUCUCCGUUUAUUUAUUUUUUUUUUCUUUUUGAGUGGUUGAAUGAUGAAGGCUCGAGUCCAAUCUCAACAUUUGCUGUUUCCUGUCAGCGGCAUUUGUAAAUGGCUGCCAUGUUAUCAAUGCAAACCGUUGCGCAAGGACAUGGAGAGGUUGCUCGCGCUGUCGGCGGUUUCUCGUUUAAAUCCUUUCUUCCUUUUUCGACUCGUAACCGAUACGCGUGCGUGUGUAUGUGUGUGCCGUUCCUUGGGUUUUUGCUAGCCCAGGGCGAUUGUUCACCUUUUGUUACGGCGUGUCUGUGUUGGAAGGGGUUGCCGUGGGGGUUCGAAGAAUAACGCGACGGAGUAUCUUGCAGAGGUGAACCGCCAUAAUCCAACAUUACCGAAGAACCAGAUUAAAGGCUGUGUGGUGUGCAUGUUUAUGCUUUGCAGCACCGUGUGUUGACGUUGAUGUUGCCGUGCGGAGUACAUGAGAGACGCGGAGGAGAGAGAAAAAAAAGUUGCAUUGAAAAACGGAUUGCGUCUCCUUUGCUUUCGAGUGUUUUUUCACGAAAUGAAGCUUUUUCUAAACCAUUGCAGUUAGCGAGACCUAUAUCUGGGCUGUUUGACCCUCUUCACUCCGCCUGUUUGCAGCACAUAUUUAUUGCAUCGAGGACGUUGACCUGUGCACUUUUCUACAUUCGUGUUCAGGAGGUGUGGUUUCGUCGUCCAGUGUAGUAGUUUCGUUCUCCGUUGGAAACUACAAUAAAGCAUUCCCCUAGACCGCCCCUUCA